AUGAUGGAAAUUGCUCGCCAUUCGCAUGCGAAACUACCGAGAGAAGAACCAACUUCAAUGCGGACCGCCCUGCCAACUCGCCCGGUGGCAUCUAGGGGAGACUCUCAGCUGUCGGCCUCCAAAGAUGUCGCCUAUGCUUCCUCGGCGGGCUCCCGGAGUCCAGGCUCAGAGAGCUUCACCACCUCAUCCGUACAUGACCGCAACAUGGCUACUUCUCCAAGCCCAACACCCUCUCCGAGCAGUACUGCUCAAGACGGACGCAGCAGUAUGGCAAGAUCAAGUACGGCUUCGGCUACUGGCCACAGCGGCCAGGUGUGCAGUAACUGCGGUACGACCAGAACACCACUUUGGAGAAGGUCACCACAAGGAGCCACUAUUUGCAACGCCUGCGGUCUCUAUCUAAAGGCACGGAAUUCGCAGCGCCCAACUAACUUGAAACGCCCGCCGACCGUUGUGUCAACAGCCCGCAAGUCGCCAGAGCAGACCUCACCUAAUUCUUGCGGUCAAGCGAAUGGCGCUACCUAUGUAGCAGCGGAUCAGACGCCGACCGGGUCCUGUCCUGGUGGUGGCCGGUGUAACGGGACAGGGGGUGCUGAGGGGUGCAGUGGUUGCCCGGCCUUCAAUAACCGCGUCGCCAAGAGUGCGCAUCUCACCAACCUUCAGAGCCAGGAGGCGUCCAAUCACGGAAACAGCUCUGAAAAUGGGCCUCAACCAAUUGACGUUGCUGCUCAGGAGGCUCAAGACCAGAACACAACCGUGGUCAUUGCCUGCCAGAACUGUGGCACGACAGUGACCCCCUUAUGGCGCCGCGACGAGAGCGGCCACACCAUUUGCAAUGCUUGUGGUCUCUAUUACAAACUCCAUGGGGUUCACCGCCCAGUGACUAUGAAGAAAGCUGUUAUCAAGAGGAGGAAACGUGUCAUUCCGGUGGCGCAAGGCGGCCAGGACGAUGCUACACCCCUUGAAUCCGUGGAGCAGGCGAGCCAGUAUUCGGAAUCUGAUGAGCGAGGCACACUGAAUGCCGACGGGUCGGUGAACCUGGGCUUUCGUCGUCGGAACGACUACUCCAUGGCGUUGUUACCCGAGCCGGUCCGCCAGAACAAAGGCUCAACGCCUUUAUCGUCUUCCGACUUGACGCCAUAUCAUGCGUUGCAUACUCCGCACUCCAUCGACAACCGCGACUCCUUGACAGAUGACAAUCGUUUGGCUCCCUUGACGUCGAUAUCCAUCAUGAACGACCGCCAGUCCUCGUUAUCCCCUGCUUCGUUUCUAUCUCCAUCAAGAAAACGCUCUUUCUCUGCCACCGACUCGGAGGCAACCCAGGGUGAACCGGGUCACGACAGCUCGAAACGUCUUUCGUCCAUCAAGUCGAUUUUAAACCCCCCUACCGGACCGGGGCACAGCCCGAUAUCGAACCCCAUGGAGGACGCAGCUGAGUCCCUACGUCUCUUGCGAUCACCAGCGACGACGUUGUAUUCAGCGCCCAGUCCUGGCGCACACUCGGUGGCAUCGAGCACCACGAUGGGCGGCCCGGGGUUGCUGGAGAGCGAGAAAAUCAAGGCUGAGAGACGGGCCGCGCUGCAGCUGGAAGCGGAGAGGAUGCGUGAGAUGCUGGCGGCCAAGGAAAGGGAGCUCGCCGCCCUCGAAGACUAG